CAGAACAACUGCGCCGAAUCGGACUUCGAGCUUCCUUUUCCGUAUUGGGUUGAUGCCGGCUAGCAAGAUGAAGAUUUGGUUGGCAGCGCUUGCUGCUUUGUGUAUGGUCUUGAGUUGUAAUGGUGACAAUGCGAGACUGUUGGCAUCUAAGAACAUAUUGAAUCAGUAUUUGGUUGAAGGCAGGGAUCUCACAGUACAAUACAGCAUUUAUAAUACUGGUGGAAGUGCUGCCUUGGAUGUCAACCUGAAGGAUGAAGGGUUCCCCGAGACUGAUUUUGAGGUUGUCCGAGGAAACCUCAAUGUUCGCUGGGAGAGAAUUGCUCCUGGCACCAAUGUGACACACUCUGUCAUCCUUAGGCCUCUUCAGUACGGCUAUUUCAACUUCACCUCUGGGGAGGUCAGCUACAAGGACUCGGAGGAUGCCACCGAGUCUGUGUCCGGAUAUACCAGUGCACCUGGAGAGGGUGGUAUUGUUAACAGCAAAGAAUAUGACAGACGCUUCUCUCCUCAUGUUCUGGACUGGUGCGUAUUUGCCGUGAUGACGCUCCCUUCUCUAGUCAUUCCAUUCCUCCUCUUUUACAGAAGUAAAAGUCGGUACGAUCAGCCCAAGACGAAGAAAAAUUAAAAUAUUUGCAGCAUAUUUUCAUUUGUUUUAUAAUAAAAUUUAACAAAAUUUUAAAA